AUGCUUCUUAUUGUUAAUUUAUCCAGUUCAUCAUCGUUUCUUUCUCAAAUCACGGUGUAUAACUAUUUUUCCCAUUGUUUACUAUCAACAAUUCGAAGAUUACGUCUGUUGAACACUAAAUAUCAAUCUAUAGCAUUCACGUUAUAUUUUACUGUUGAAAUUAUUUUCUUUAAAUUAUUAUUUUUACUAAUUUCGGUAUUCCGGUGUAUCUAUCAGAAACGAUAUCAUGAUUCUUCUGGGCAAAAGGAAUCUGAACUUACAGUGGAUGCAGAAAAAAUAAUACAUGUAGACAAAUCUUCUACGAUACAAAAAAAUUAUGCUUCAUUAACUAAUGCUGAAAAUUUAGACAACCUUACCAAUAAUAAAACUUCGCUGCUUGGACUUUUAAAAUUUUGCGGCAUUUCUACUGAUUGUUGCCCAAUACUUCAAUUGCAUACAAAAACUCCUGACAAUACUAUUCGGUUGAAUUCACCUAGUAAACAAUAUGGUACAAACUCAUUGGAUGGUACUGCUGAUUCAAUUCAAGAACCGAAGAAUUUGGAAUCUGUUAUAAAAAAGUCUCCCGUAUCACUUUCUCCAUCAAUCGCUAAUCGUCGACAUCUGACACCUCCUCCACGUUUAGUUACUUCUUCGUUCAUGGCAACCAGUCCACCAGUUGAAACUCAGUUGUAUCAUAUUCAACCUAAAGAAUAUGUAUUCAAUCAAGCAUGUAAACCAAUACCUAGUUCACUUAUGUUACAGAAUAAUAGUUUGGGUACAUUCACACUUACUCCAACACAACUUUUGCAUAAUCCACUGAUAUUAAAUACAUCAGCUGAUGUUUUACAUUCUCAUUGUACGCCGUGCGAAUCACAAUCUGCACCAUGUAGUCAAACUUUAAUUACAACACAACCGUUACCUUUAUUAAAUUUACCCUAUAGUCAUGUUGCCUGUCCCAAUUCAGAUACAGUUACUCAGGAAUUAAAUCAGUCGUCAUGUACUAACACUACUAAUUGUACUGGUAGUAGUACGCAAGUCCCGAAAACCUAUCCAGGCAUUGGAUUCACUGCGAGUCGUCGAGCGCGAUCCAAGGGUCUUUUGGAAAGGUAA